UUGUGACACAAAGCAAAGAAAAAAACUAACUCUAUAACCUAUAAUAAAAUAAUAAGUUGAUUUUCGAAGUGAUAAAGUCGUAAAUAUAUUACACAAUUUUUAAAUAUAACUGCAUAAAUAGUAUAAUUACAUAUUAACUAACUAAAAAUGACAACGAGACGGCCUGUGUCUUGGUUUUUAACUGAAAGAGGGCGCAGCUUUUCGUUUUCUGUCGUAACUGGCUCUGCUAUAGCCCUAACUGUAGUAAAAUUUGCUCCCCAUACUUUCUUAUUGGAAAAAUAUAAAGAAUUUGUUCAUUAUUACAGAGAUAGCAAACCCGUGGAACUACCUAAAGAACUUCGUGACCGUUGUCAACAAUGUAUCGAUAUUCUACAACUACCAGACGCCCACAGGAAACUAGUCACACCAUUUACAGCCUUUGGAUUUGAUAUGUUUCAUGCCGGUAGCUUGAAGUCCAAGUUUGGUGCUGCAGUAGGGGUUCCAGUAAAUUUCACAUACAAAUCUUUUGAUGAUAUUCAGAAUGACGAUAUUCAGGUCAACAUGAAGAAAGUAAACUGGGAGUCAGAAACAGGCAAAAAAUUAGCAGAUGCACUACUUUUACCUGAAAAAGUGCAACAGUUCGCCAUUUGCAGAGAGAUAUUAAUGACCCAGAACAGUAAAGUCAUAUUUGAGUCUGUUUACCCCUUUAUUUGUCUGUUCUUUGCUUAUAAUUCAUCAACAUAUUUGAAUAAGAGACUUAACUUAUAUUCUGCACCUACCAUGCUUAGAGGCACUAUGUACAGUUUAAUAGGAAUUUUUAGCUUAGGAUUAUAUUUCCUCAUGAAAGAUAUGACAGAAGUCCACUACGAAACUAGGACUGACAAAACACUUUGUGAUUUGGGUCCUGACUUUGUAGAAAGUGGAGUUAUAUUCUACGAUAAACUCUUGAAGCGAAAUCAAGCUCUAAGGGAAUUGAUGGGAAAGGAAGGUGAGAAGAAAUACACGAAAUUAGGCAACGAGAACUAUGGCAUACGUCACCCGCGGUUAGCUUUGGUACACAGAAAACAAUUCUUUGAGGAAAAAUUGAAAGAAAUUCGCAAUGACAAUGUGGACAUUACUUUAGAGAACUGAUACAACUAAGAUAUGUUGAAAAUGUUAAUAAAAUAGUUUAGUCAUCAA